UCGGCGCGAGCCUCCGGGUAUCGUCAGCCAUGGCGGCCGGUCAGCUAAUGUCGAGAGAAGAUGGUGAUUCCACAUGAAUCGAAUCAGCGUCUUUGCAGGAAACUCUAGGCUGGCCUUGUCUGGCGAAGUGCUCCACACUGCGGCAGUCAUUGGGAUGAGGUAGUCGUCGCGGAAUGCUUGCGAAUAGCCUUCACGAUCCAAGUACUCUCCAAUUGUCAUGUCAGCUGCCUGCUUCCUCUUGCUGCGAAUGAAUCCUGGUCGCCACGUUGCAUCGUCGUCGUCAGCGAGGAUGUCGAGAGCAAACUGAUUGAACCGAACAAUAUCGAAUAUCAUCCGCCAAUGUUGGGGUCGGAAGAUGUUGCGUCGCUGUGCAAAUAUACCUUGUGGUUCGCCCGACCAUUCGAAUUCGCCUCGAUUCCUGGAGACACCAAACGUCAUCUCAGUGUUGACGGGUUCGACACCAAUAUGGUUGAGGAAUCGGAUGAAGUUGGGGUAAGUGGCGGUGUUCAUGACGAUGAAUCCAGUAUCGACAUCGAUAGUCUUGUUGCCAGAAUUGAAUGGCUGAGUGUUGGUAUGACCUCCAAGGCGGUCGGCUUUUUCGAAGAUGUGCACCUCAUAGUCAGUAUCUCUCAGUGCCCACGCUGCUCCCAUGCCAGCGCAGCCACUGCCCACGAUGGCGACCUUCUUUCUGGUUGGAGGAGCCAUUCUCUUCUGUGCGCUAUUUGCUUGUGUAGAUUUGCGCUUGAACAGAUGCAUCAAAUUAAUGGUUGUUGAUCUGCAUUCAUAUGUCAGACAGCAGGCGCAACGGCCAGAAGAAGUCGCGAGGUUGGGAGAUUGUGAAUGAUGGCGAGACUACCCGGACAGGCCAUGGGUCCGGCGGGAAGAAAGUAUGCUCGAGCACACUGUUCACCGUCCCUGCUCUACGAGCACCAUUUUGAUGGCGCUUUGCGAUCGCAAGUACGACGUCUGCAGUUGCAUCGCAGACAUGAAUGAAACUGCAAAGCGGCGGAGAGCGGAGCAGGUUCGUGGUCCUAGUCAUCGUGAUCGCUUUGUCCUGUGCACGUGAAAGCCACGCUCGCGCCACAGCUGAUCAUCGCAGCCUCCGACAUCCUGGAGGCAUGAACCACCGACUGUGAACACUUGACAUUCGACGUACAUAACUACCACCACGCUCGAGAAUAACGAUUUCAGACGCAUAUCUAUCAGCGACUGAGAGAUUGUAGUUACGGUUCUCGUCUAGCGCAUCCCGAACAGCACAAACGCCGGCGAACAUGUCGAACCCACUGGACACCGAUGCGGGAUCCGAGCUGUUCAGCAACUAUGAGGCCGAGUUGAAGCUGGUGCAGGCAGACAUAUCGCAGAAGCUAGAUCAGAUCCCUGAGCUCUCCGGCGAGCAGCGCAAGACAUUCAUCGCUCAAGCCGAGAGAGCGCUGGAGGAAGCCCGAGAGUUGCUGGACUCUAUGCGCUUGGAGAAACAGAACAUCCCACAGUCCUUGAAAGUCAAGGUUAAUCAAAGAUUCCGGAACUACGAGAGCGACGUAGAUGCGGCGAAGCGAAAGCUGAAGAGCCUGUCGAGCGAUGACCGUCAUGCACUCUUCGGAAAGCGGUAUACAGACAACCCGACACAGGAUGAUCAGCUGGCACAAAGGCAGCAGCUUUUGGGUGGUACAGAGAGGCUCGAACGUUCGAGCGGCAGAUUACGGGAGUCGCAAAGGAUCGCGUUGGAGACGGAGGACAUAGGGCGAAACACACUGGCGGACUUGAGCAGGCAGCGUGAGACUAUCGAGCAUACUCGCGGUACGCUUCUGGAAAGCGAGGGAUACACAGAUCGAAGCAAUAAGACCUUGAAGGGCAUGGCCAGAAGGAUGGCAACGAACAAGAUCAUAACAGUCGCGAUCAUCACUGUUCUGGUGAUACUCAUCAUCGCAGUCGUCGUGAGCAAAUUCAGAUGAUGAGACCACGAAUUCAUGGCGGCGUUUGUACGUUAGGUGCAUGGGAUGUUGGGCAUGACAUUCGGAUACCUGUACAGCUUGAACUAAUGCGACAGUACUUAGAGUACCCGUUUCACACUUCAAGUGUCGUUCCCAGCCAACGGUUGCUGAUAAGCCGUGGAUUAUACCAUCCAGGCUGUGUUUUGGACCAAGCUCGCUCCAAUUCGU